AUUGAGGUUAAAUUUGAUUGGUUAGUUUCUUUAGGCCUGUCUAAUUCAAACGAAGUUAGAUCUGCAGAUGCAUGUAAUUCACGUUUGAUAACAGUUAUGUGGAUCAUUUAAUUGAUAUAACUAACCAGAUAAAAAAUAACACCUAAAGAAAGUGUAAUUUCAACGGAAAUCAGUGUUGUCUACACAUGAUCCAGUCAACCAGUUUGGAAAUAUUUUGUGCAUCAUCACCAACAAAAUCUAGAUCGAAUGAAGGGAAUAAAAUACCUAGUUAUCUUGAAGAAAAAGAUGGCAAUUUAUUAGAUCAAUUAGUUACAAGUAGUAUUGCCAGUAGUGGAUACUGGGAAGACUGUGAUUCACUUGUUACCAGUGAAUAUGAUGUUUUUGGAGUGAAUUGGGCAUACUGUCAUCACAAUGAGAGAAUAAAAAGCUUUAAGUCCAAACACAGUUCACUAACGGAAGGUGCUGUUGAAUCACCGUCGGUGAGAGCUAGAAGUUUUAAUGUGAGACAGACAAGCGCUCCUGGCAAGACAUCACUAGUUGGCGAUUUUACCGCAGAUCGUCAGUCAUAUCCAACUUUCUAUGCUGAUUGUAAAGAACUGCAACUUUUAAACCUAUCCCAUAAUAAUGAUAGCAACAGCGUUCGUCUUUCUUCAGAGGAUAAUGGCUGCGUGAGUUUAAAGAACGACUCACUGGAUGGAUUCGAUUCGAUUACAUCUGAUUUAUUACCAUGUGAUAAAGUUACCCUCCGAAACAGGAUACUCAUUCACUUCAAGAAGUAUUUGAGGAGACAGAGGAUGGUCCGAAAAAGACGUACAUACACUUAAAAGAAUGGGAGGACAGUGAAGAUGAAGAAGUUCUAGAAAGAAAAGAGCCAGAACCAAAUUUGAAGCUGCUUUACUAAGAGCUGAAGAGAAAGUAGAAGACGAAAGGCACUGCUAGAAGAUAAAGAUGUUUCAACGUCGGGAAAAGUAAUGCCUGAAUGGGAUCACCUAUUCAAAUCAGAGCAAAUCCCAAUCAAAACAAGUUCAUGCAAUGCUAUUUUGCAUCAGAUACC